UAUGGUUCUUCUCUCUCGCUUAAUUGCUAUGUUUCUACACAUUUUUCUACUAAUGGUAGGAGUUGUAUUAAAUGAAGCAUCAGCACAGCAGUGUGGUCCACCUAAUUUAGUGUCUGCUACUCCUCAAUACAAUGCAACAGCAUCUACUGAUCCACUUGUUAUGAAUUGUGCGGGUGCUACUCUGCCUGCUAUGUUCAAGUGGGAAUUCAAUGGUAACAUUGUUCCUUCUGCCGUCGAAUUCCUAUAUGUGGUCCAGUCAGUGAUGGAGGGCGAAGUUUAUAGGUGUGGCUACGACAACAUUAAUUGUCCUGGUGGGACAAUAUGGUCUACUGGAUCAAUCACAGUUAUAACUCAACCUAAUAUAUCAGUAAGCACUGGACCAGUUAGUGUGAUGCAAGGAGAUACAGUGACAGUCCAUUGCAAUGUCACUAGUGGCUAUCCUGCUCCUUCAAUCACUUGGUACAAUGGUUCUGGUGAUAGUUUGGGGCAUGUCUCACCAUUGACAGUGACAACUGGAUCUAAUGAUACUCUAACUUGCAUAGCAACCAAUACAGCUGGUUAUACUGUAGGGAGUAUUGCAAUCACAGUCACUAGUUUAUUUGAGUCUUCAACUAUUGCUUCUAUGUCUCCAUCAACUGCAGUCAUUAGCUCCAGUAUUGCAACAAGCAGCAGCAGUCUGAUCACAAAUAUACACACAGGAAGUUUUUCAAAUACAACAGUAGUGUCAUCAGCAACAAGCACUUUGGUUUACAGCUCAAGUUGCUAUGUUUCAUACACUACCACAACAGCUACACAACCAUCAGAUGACAAAACCAUACUUAUUGGUCAGUUAAUAAUGAUAGCAUUACUGUUACAUCAUUCUCCUCUAGUUGCUAUUCCAGUAGCUGUCAUCAUUUGUCUAAUAGCUGGAGUCAGUACUGCAAUAAUUACUGGCAUCAUAGUUUACUGUAUAAUGAAAAGAAGGAGAAUUAAGACCAUGGAAGUAACACAAGAAGGACCAAUAUAUGAUAUACCAAUGGUUAAUACUGAAGAGAGACCAGGGCCAAUUGAUACAUAUUUUAAUGCUGCGUAUGGACAAAUAAGCACUUAAUUUUCAUUUUAAAAAUUUUUAUUAUUAAUUGUA